GGGAAGAAGGCGGAAGUGGCGUCUGGAUCUCUUGGUCGGGGCGAUGGAGGCGGUGGCGGACGAGCUGAUCUGUUGUAUUUGCUGCGAGAUGUUCCAGGAGCCUGUGAUGCUCGACUGCAUGCACCAUUUUUGCCGGAAAUGCAUCGUGCGCUGCUGGAAGGGGCCGUCGCCCGUCUCUUGUCCGCAGUGUCGCCGCCAGUUCAGCAGCAAAAACUUCCGAGCCAACUACCUGGUGGCUGGGGUAGUGGAGAGGGUGAGGGGGGCGAGUACACAGGACUACCGACUCCGACUGCAGAAACAGCUGAACGAGGUGUUGAAGAAUCACCGUGAGCAGGCCGACAAGUUUGUGAAGAUGCUGAAAAGGGACAAGGAUCGGAUUUCGGGGAUUAAGACACAAUCGGCGGAUCUGGAGCGCAGGGUGAAGACCGACUUUGAGAAGAUGCACCAGUCGUUGCGACGGGAGGAGGAGACAUUGUUAGUGCAGCUGCAGCGGGACACGGAUGCUGCCCUGGACAAGGUGGGCACCCACGUCCAGCAGCUGCAGGCAGCAGUGGACGAGUUGCAGCAUCUCAUCAGCAGCACCCUUGGGCGCCUGGAGCAGCUGAAGACCACUGUGCUGGUUGAGACCCGGGGUCUGGUUGCCAGUGUGCAGGUUGGGAGUGAGCCUGACGUGAGUGACAGUUUGUGCACCACCCGCUACACCGGACCCCUGCAGCACAUCAUUUGGAAGAAACUGUACCGGACCCUGGAGCCGGCCCCUGCUCAGCUGACCUUCGACCCUGCCACCGCACACCCGAGCCUGGCACUCUCAGAUGACCUGACCAGCGUGUGGGAGGUGGGCGAGCAACGCCAGGUGCCCAACAAUCCCGAGCGCUUUGAUAAGUGCGUCAACGUGCUGGCGGCCCAGGGCUUCACCUCGGGGAGACAUUACUGGGAGGUGGGUGUUGGCGGAAAGAUCAAGUGGGACCUGGGGGUGGCCAAGGAGUCCGUCGACCGCAAGUUGGUGGUCAGGGCAAAUCCCGCCAAUGGCUAUUGGACGCUCCGCCUGAGGGACGGUGACCAGUUCUGGGCGGGCACCUUGCCCUGGAAGCGAUUGCCCAUCCCGAAGAAGCCCAGGAGGAUCGGGCUGUUCCUGGACUACGAAGAUGGCUGCCUUUCUUUCUACAACGCUGAUGACAUGUCCCACAUGCUGACCUUCCGCCAGAGCUUCACAGAAAAGCUCAUCCCCUUCUUCAGCACCUGCUUCAGUGAGGGGGGGCUCAACUCCGAGCCUCUCCAACUCAUCCAUUUCAGCCCCUAGUGGCAGAAGCGUAACCCACACUCUGGCCUGAUGGGGUGGUGGGGCAAACCUGUUCUUCAUUUACACCACUCAUCUCCUCCCCACUCACCAUCCCUCACUUCCAACUCUCCUCAGCUCCCCCAUACCUCCGUCUCUGGCCCCUACCAGCACUGCUAACUCACCACCCCACUCCCACGCCUCCACUUCAACUCUCUUCAGCCAUCCCCCCCCCCCCCACCCGUGCCUCCCUCUCUCCCUCCCCAAUACCACUGGUGCCAACUCCCCUCAGCCUCCCCCUCCCUAUGGAUGUCCCCACCCCUCAGUGCUCACAUCCCAGUACCGAGGGGAUGUGGUGAACAGGGCAUACGUACAGUGACCAGGCCGAUGAGCCUGGACGGGGGGCAGCAGCCAGAUGGGGGAAACUAGAGACCACAUUUUUCAGUUAAUCAGAAUUCUUACAUUUCAAAUUAUAUAUUUUUUGCUCUAAUCUGUAAUGAAGCAAAUUCUGGAUUUUUGAUUACCUUGCACUUUAAGCAGCAGAAAUCUCUUGCCUAUCUGGAGGCUAAUCAGCCUGAUGUGUGUAGUACUGCCUAUUGGCUGGUGGUGUUACUGUGACUCGGUCUGCACUGUGUCUGUGACGCCAGCAGAGGGCAGCGGUGCCCACUGAAGGCAAGAAUUUCAAAUGAAGGAAAAACUGAUUGUUGCUUCAAGCUCAAAAUAUAUUAUUAAAAAUCAAAUUAAUCCAACACAA